AUGGAGAUGGAAAACCAUGAACAACCACCUCCACCACGGGCACCUACACGGAUUGGAGUUGAUGAUGCUCCAAGCAACCAUACCCAUCGUCAGGGUAUAGUGCCUCGAGCUGUGCAGAACAACUACUUUGAAAUCAAGAGUGGUCUGAUCUCCAUUGUCCAGCAGAAUAAAUUUCAUGGUCUGCCUAUGGAAGACCCCUUAGAUCAUCUCGAUGAGUUUGAUCGUCUAUGCAGUCUCACCAAGAUCAAUGGGGUCAGUGAGGACGGAGAAAACUCUUCCUCCAGGAUCUAUCACUUCCGGGGAUCAAUGCAGCAGUCGUUUCUUGCCAAGUUUUUCUCCAACUCCAGAACUGCACGUCUGCGCAAUGAGAUCUCUGGGUUCACUCAGAAGAAUGGUGAAACGCUUUGUGAAGUCUGGGAGCGCUUCAAAAGUAAUCAGUCUCAGUGCCCCCACCAUGGCUUCACCAAGGAGUCUCUCCUCAGUACUCUUUACCGGGGAGUUCUCCCAAAGAUUCGGAUGUUACUUGACACUGCCAGCAAUGACAACUUUCUAAACAAGGACGUCGACGAUGGUUGGGAGAUUGUUGAGAACCUAUCCCAGUCUGAUGGCAACUACAACGAGGACUAUGAUAGAACCAUCAGGGCAAGCACAAAUCUUGAUGAAAUGUAUAAGAAGGAGAUGAAAGCUGUGAAUGAUAAGCUGAACAAACUCUUGAUGAGCCAGCAGAGGAACAUCCAUUUCGUCUCUGAAGAAGAUCCUUUCCAGAUUCUGGAUGGGGAGGGAGAACAAUCUGAGGAGAUAAGCUAUGUCGAGAACCAAGGUUAUGUGCCCAAACAACAAUUUCAGCAAGGUUACCAACCUCCAAUAGGACCACCACCAGGAUUCCAACCUCAACACGCUCCGCCUUCUCAGGCACCAGACCAUGACAUGAAAAACAUGCUUCAGCAAAUCCUCCAGGGACAAGCAAGUUUCUCCAUGGACAAUGCUAAGAAGUUUCCUGAGCUGACUCAGAGAUUGGACUACUCAUACAAUGAUCUGAAUAUGAAGAUUGAGACUCUGAAUUCCAAGAUCAAGUAUAUGGAGGGCAAAACUGCUUCUACUUCUGCCCCAAAGCCUAGCCAGCUCCCAAGAAAAGCUGUUCAGAAUCCUAAAGAGUUUGCUCAUGCCAUCACACUGAGGAGCGAUAAAAACUUGCUUCCCAGACAAGGACAUGUUGAUGUCACUGAGGACAGUGAAGACUUGGAAGGGGAGGAUGUAUGUAAGAAUGAAGACCCGAAUGUUCAUCUAAAAGAAUCAGAAGCCUUACCUGAAGAAGCUCUUCAACCUGCUGAGAAACAUACUGGGAAACAUGCUCAAACACCAGCAGCCUCCAAGGAUAAUCCUACGAGAUACGUUCCCCCACCAUACAAACCACCUCUACCAUUUCCCUGA